GGGAAUAGCCUAUAGACUAUAGAGGAGAGAAAUCAAAAAAAGAAAAAGAAAGAGAAGAAGUGCUCCAUUGAGUCACCACUCCCAUUCUUUCAUCCUCCACCACCAAACAACGUCCAAAUCCUCCUCCCUCCGAUAACUCUCAAAUUUUCCAUUCAUUCUCGUGCGUUUCUCUCCACGUGUCCUCCUCUCAUUCGCCACCCCUUUUUCUCCCCCCCCCCACCUUUCCUUUCCUUUCUUUUCAACCCUCCUUGUCUGAACAGACUCUCUCUCUCUCUUCCUCUCUCUCCCUCCUAAAACCUCGUAUUUCAUGUUCUGUUCUGUUAAGAGAGAGAUUGGGUUUUCUUAAACAUAUGUAGAAACAACUUGUUGUUUGGUUUUUUUUUUUUGGGGUGGGGGGCUCAAAAGAAAAUUUCAUAGCUUCUACUGUAAGUUGCUUUUUUUUUUUUUGGCUUAUCCUUAUUUUUUUUCUUUGUUGGGUUUCUUUUAUUUUCUUAGACUUCGUUGAAGACGAGGCUUACAACUCAAGCAAAGUUCUCUCAAAUUCAAAAAAAAAAGAAGAAGCUAUUUUUGAAUAGAAUUAAUAGUAAAGGUUGUAUUUUUAUUGUUACUUUUGUGUUUGUGAGAAGUGGAAGUUAUAGCAGUUGUGGUAGUUAACUUGCUAUAGUGAUAAUAGUGGUGGCUCUGAAUGUUUCAUUUGGAGGAGGAAGUGUCAAAAUUAAGAGGAAUUGGGUUUUCGUUUGGCGGGUUUGAAUAUGGUGCUGCUGUGCAAAUUGAUAGGAUUGGAGAGUUGAAGUUGAAGUCUUUUGGAUUUGAAUAAUGUUAAUUUGUUGUGAAUAAGGUGUUUGUGAAAAGGGGUUUGAUUGGAAAAUGAGGAAUUCGGGUAUAAUUUGAGGUUGCAACUAUGAGUUGCAGCGAGAAUAACAGGGGAGUUCGUGAAGAGGGGGAAUAUGAGCAAUCGGUUUUGCGGUCUGAGACAACGCAGAAUGGAUCAAUAACAGUGGAACAGCAGUUAACUAUUGAUGAGAAUUUGCUGGUUGACCCGAAAUUGCUUUUUAUUGGGUCGAAAAUCGGCGAGGGAGCACAUGGCAAAGUGUAUGAAGGAAGGUAUGGUGAUCAAAUUGUGGCUAUUAAAGUCCUCCAUCGUGGGAGCACUGUGGAAGAAAAAACUGCACUUGAGAGUCGAUUCGCACGGGAAGUUAAUAUGAUGUCACGUGUUAAACAUGAUAAUCUAGUCAAGUUUAUUGGAGCUUGUAAGGACCCUUUAAUGGUGAUAGUAACAGAGCUGUUACCUGGAAUGUCACUCCGGAAGUAUUUACUCACUAUUCGUCCAAAUCUAUUAGACCUUCACGUGGCUAUAAAUUUUGCUCUUGAUAUUUCUCAUGCCAUGGAAUGUCUUCAUGCCAAUGGGAUUAUACAUAGAGAUCUAAAACCUGACAAUUUGCUGCUUACGGCGAAUCAGAAGUCUGUGAAGCUUGCAGAUUUUGGUCUUGCAAGAGAAGAAUCUGUGACGGAGAUGAUGACCGCAGAAACUGGGACUUAUCGUUGGAUGGCUCCCGAGUUGUAUAGCACCGUGACAUUGCGGCAAGGAGAGAAGAAACAUUACAACAACAAGGUUGACGUCUACAGUUUUGGAAUUGUCCUAUGGGAACUAUUGACCAACCGUAUGCCAUUUGAAGGCAUGUCCAACUUGCAGGCUGCUUAUGCUGCUGCUUUCAAGCAAGAGAGGCCUACUCUUCCUGAAGAUAUUUCCCCUGAGCUUGCCUUCAUCAUACAGUCAUGUUGGGUAGAGGACCCAAACCUGAGGCCAAGCUUUAGCCAGAUCAUCCGCAUGCUUAAUACAUUUCUCUUCACACUCUCACCACCCUCACCAUCAUUACCGGAAUCUGAUACCAAUGAGGCUGAGGCAGCAGCAAGUAGUAAUGGUACCAUGACUGAAUUCUCUGCACGCGCGAGGGGGAAGUUUUCUUUCAUACGCCAGCUCUUCACUGCUAAGAGGACAAAGAACUCACAAUGAGCGGGUGAAGAAAUUGCUUCAUGGUCACUACUGGGCUGGAUUGAGUUGAGUUGAGUUGAGUUGAGUUGAAUGAUCAUGUCUUGUCUGUAUGUAAAUAUCGAAUAUGGACAGAUUGAAAAGGCAUUGAUGGCCAAUUUUGACUAGUCUGUUGGGUAUUUCACAACUGAACUCCAGAUUUUAAGAUCAAUGCUUUGUUGUUGUUUGGAAGAAUAAAGCAGUCCAAACAACCUGGGCCAAGAUACCUUAUUAAUAACAGUUGGGUUUUAAUCGAGACACAAUAAAAGGUUAUAUGCAAGCUCAAACGCUAUUAGCAAUUACAGUGUGGCAACAAUUCUGGGCUUGUUUUUCUAA